GCAAAAAAGCGCACCCGGUGCAGCGCCUGGCGAGCGGAGCACCCUGAAACCAUGAGGCAGCAACAUACUCAGCAUAACGGGAAUCAGCAAGCCACAUCUAUGAGGAAGCCCUCCAGCUCUCAGAGAGCUGAGACACAGGCCUACAUGACCACAGAGUACCAGGAGCGGUUCCUUCCUCCGCACUGCCACAAGACUGUUGUCACAAGCGCAACACGGAAAGACCCUUACCAUCCACUGAAGGGGACAAGCGCCGAUACAACCACUUACAGAGCUUUCUAUGUGACCCGCAAAUGGAUAAAACAUCCACCUAAGGACCCACAGCCAUCUUUACCACCCAAAGACCACCGGAGAUGCAGCAGCGAUCCACACAAUCCAGUGUGCUUUGCAGUGAACCAGACGGCAUCCAAUGCAGAGGACUACACAUCAGUGUACAGAAAUGACUUCCAAGCCUGGAACAUAAAUAAGCUUCAGCCAUAUAAGCUGUGUGACAGCUUGAAAGUCAACCAAGGAUUAGUUGUCACAAACAAUGUUUCCAAAGAAGGUCGCCCCCAGAAAAAGUCUGUUCAAGUUGCAGCUAAUUCCAAACCAGUCCCACAGGUGCAAGAACCACAACCUUUUGACAGCGUCACCAGCUACAGAUUGGAUUAUGUCACACAUCCACUGCAGCCCAGGAGACGCACUGAGAAGCCUGUCUACCACACCAAAGGUCUGCUGUCAGCGCCUGCUAUGUCCUUGAAGCCAAAGGUGGCUUUGGACAUAAACCAAGAACUUUUUGACCAAACCAGUGAGAUCUUUCAGAAAUUCAAGACCUGGUCCCUUGAAACCAAGUUCCAUGGCCAAGGUAAAACCAAAGAAUUCAGUCCACCGGCAGACGACUUCCUCUCCACAACACAUGCAGACUACACGGCACACAAGUGUGAGCGCACCAAACCCUUCCUGCCAUCUAUGCAACCAACAGAGAAAAGCAAUGAGCCCUUUGAAGCGACGACUACCAUGAAGGAGGACUACAAAGCUUGGAACGUGGCACAGUGCCUCCCCAUUGUUGGUAAAAAACAGUCGGAUUGGGCAAGGAAAAUUACCUUUCCAGUGGGCACACCUAAGCCCACUGAGAGCUGCACAACAAACCCGAAGCCUUUUAGCCAUCCCACACUGAAUCAGACUGCAGCCUGUAACUGCUGCUGUAACGCCACCCAGACACCCCAACGUCUUGUUGAGCAUGGUAUGUUCUGCAGCUUAGAAUGCAUCUCCACUGGGACAAGAGAAUCCAGGACGCACUGGACCACCUCUUUGGACAGAGGGGUCACUUGGGCCGACGGUGGCAUUUGCGAAGAGCCCUCUCAGGACCACCAAAUCAUCAGCUGCUUGGUUUCUAGCACAAGCUGAGGUUUCCUAGAGACCAAGCUGAUGACGAGAUGUGGCGCUGCCACACAUUACCUCAGGUCGU